CAAGUUGAGGCGGCUGCACCAGGAGCUGGUCAUGACGGGCGCGCUCACCGAGUCCGAGUUCUGGGCCGCCAGGAAGGGAGUGGAGGAGGAGCGGCGGAAGCGCAAGCAGCGGGUGGGCGUGGCGAGUGCCAUGCUGGCGGAUGUCAGAGGCGUCACUGAUGGCCGGAGCAACACCAUCACGUUCAACCUCACGCCGCAGAUCAUCCAACAGAUCUUCUUGGAGAAGCCAGCGGUGCACCGCGCCUUCAUGGAGCUCGUUCCCGGGCGGAUGACGGAGAAGGCCUUUUGGGGCAAGUACUACCGCGCGGAGUACCUCUUUCGCACGCGCAACGUGGCGGCGGCGGAGGCGGAGGCGGCGGAUGAUGACGAGCUGGCGCUCUUCGUGAGGGACGACCCCCACCUGCACGCCCAGGCGCGCCAAAAGGUGCAGCACGUGGACCCAACGCUCAACGUGCUGGCGGACGUCAGCGACGACUACUCCUCCCUGCUCGGCCACGGCAUUCUGAGGGAUGGGCGCAAGGAGGCACCAGUUGUGGAGGGCGAGGGCGAGGGGGAGAAGGAGCGCACAGCAGGGCAGGAGGGGGCAGGUGCGGGCGGGCAGUUGGGCAGGAGCAACAGCGCUGGUGGCGCUGUUGGUGGUGGUGGUGGCAGCAGCGGUGCGGGGGCGGAAGGGCAGGUGCGCAUGAGGCGUACGAUAUUCCGAGACAUCAACCAGCACGCCGCUGUUGUGCUGCAGGGCCGCCUGCUCCGUGAGUGCCCCCGCCCCCCUGUGCUUGCUCCCCGCCUCUCCCCCAUCCCUUGUCUCACACGAGUCCUCCUGCCCUCCCUCGCCGUCUCUCCUCGUGUGCGACCAACCAGAGCGCGUCUAACAGGGGCGGCGCAGGCUGUACGCCCACUCACCCUCGCCCUCCUCCCUCCUGUCUCUCGUGUUGCUCAUGCCCCCCAUGCCUGUCGUCUCCACCCCAUGCCCCCGCUGACCGAGGACGUGGCGGACACGAGGGAGCUCGCCACUGCUGUUGCCGAGGCCACCGCCCUCCAGGCUGGUCGGUUGGGGGGUGUGGUGGGGGAGGGGGGGAGGGCGGAAGGGGGAAGGGCAGGGGAGGGCGGGUGGGGGAGGGCAGGUGGGGGAGGGCGGGUGGGGGAGGGCAGGUGGGGGAGGGCAGGUGGGGGAGGGAGGUGGGGGAGGGCAGGUGGGGUAGGACGGGUGGGGGGAGGGCGGGUGGGGGAGGGCAGCUGGGGGAGGGCGGGUGGGGGAGGGCAGGUGGGCGCCCCUGCUCCAUCACGCCUCGCAUUUCGUCCUCACGCCUGCUGCAUCACCCCUGCUCUCUCACACCUCCCCUGCUUCCUCACACCUCCGCUGCUUCCUCACACCUCCCCUUCUCCCUCAUUCACAAACCCAUCCACCCCUCUCCCUCACAGCAGGCAUGGGAGGGGAGCAGGGGGCGGAGGAGGAGUGGAGGAGGGAGAGGGCGCGCGAGAUGGCAGUGAUGGCGGACCUCCGAGGGGACGCCCCGCCCACCACCAUCCCCCUCACCAUCCAGGCACGCCCAUCCCCCUCACCAUCCAGGCAUGCCCAUCCCCCUCACCAUCCAGGCAUGCCCAUCCCCCUCACCAUCCAGGCAUGCCCAUCCCCCUCACCAUCCAGGCAUGCCCAUCCCCCUCACCAUCCAGGCAUGCGCUCAUCUGCUUGGCCACAAUUAUUGUGGACCUCAACUUUUCAGACCCACGCAAGUACUUUGAUGCCGCCACACAGAGGGACACAGCGCACACACAGCAGCACGCGGGCCAGGCAGCUGCGCCAGAUGCAAUGGAUUUGGACGGCCCUGCACCCGCCGCUGACUCAGCGCCAGCUGGCACGCACGCCACGCUGGCAGCCUCGCUGGCAGCGUUUCGGAGUGAACUGGCAGGGGGGGGGAGCGGAGGCAGCAGCAGGGAGCAGGGAAAACGGGGUGGGGGGGGCAAGGGAGGUGCAGCGGCAGUGAUGGCGCCUGCUGCUGCUGCUCAGGAGGUGGAGGAGUUUGGGCGGCAGGUGGCGGUGGCACGGCGGGGAGUGGGGGAGGCGGCGGAGCAGUCGCUGCUGAAGCAGCUGCCUGACGCCCUGCGCACUUCCCUGCUUGCGCACGGGGAGGCAGUGAAGGAGCUGCUCUCACACUUCUGGGCCACCUACCCCCUCACCAGCACCGCCUUGCUCUCCAAGGCGGAGCGGCACAAGGAGGGCAUCAGCAAGCUGUACGAUCGCCUGCAGGUCACUCACCUCCUCACUACUCACUGCCUGCUGCAAUUGCUGCUUCGGCCUCCCCACUCUUCGCCCCGCUGCUCUGCUUCUGAUGCUUGCUCCCUGUUCUUCCCCAUUUCCCUUCUUGCAGAAACUGAAGGAUGGAGCAGACGGGGCGAACCGCCACCUGCUUUCACAGCUGCUACAGCCCUUCUUCCAGGUGCACUUGCUGCUACAGCCCUUCUUCCAGGUGCACUUGCUGCUACAGCCGUUCUUCCAGGUGCACUUGCUGCUACAGCCCUUCUUCCAGGUGCACUUGCUGCUACAGCCCUUCUUCCAGGUGCACUUGCUGCUACAGCCCUUCUUCCAGGUGCACUUGCUGCUACAGCCGUUCUUCCAGGUGCACUUGCUGCUACAGCCCUUCUUCCAGGUGCACUUGCUGCUACAGCCCUUCUUCCAGGUGCACUUGCUGCUACAGCCCUUCUUCCAGGUGCACUUGCUGCUACAGCCCUUCUUCCAGGUGCACUUGCUGCUACAGCCCUUCUUCCAGGUGCACUUGCUAGUUCCCUCCAUUAUUCCGCCACUUCUCUUUCGUUCUUCUUCCUUCCAGCAGCCCCCACACCCCUCUUUCGACCCCACCUGUUCAUGCGGCAGAGGAUGCAGCAGUGGCGCACUAUAGAAGGCCAGGCGGUCAAAGCCCAGCGCCAGGCGGGGCAGCGGGUUCGUGACAACGAGGGCGCUGCCGCCGCGGCAGCGCGCGCGGACAUCGACGCGGUGGGUGGCGCGGAGCCCAUUGGCGGCAGAGGCGACUGCGGUUGCGACUCGGAGGCCGCGCGACAGGCGGACGGGCAGGCCCCGCACCCGGAUGCGGCGCGUCGCGGCGCGUGCGCGUGUCGCUUCUGCAGCUGGCGGUUCGACUCGGACGACGAGUCGGACUGCGAGCGCCCCUGCACCGCGCGGGACUCGCCGCGCUUCCGCCCGCAACCCGUGCAGCGCGGGUGGCAGGGAGCUGCGGAAACAGGCGUGCGGGGAGCGGCGCUUGGAGGAGCAGAGCAGGGGGGAGAGAAGGGUGAGAGUGGCGGAGGGAGGGCGGAGGGCGGGGGGGCACGUGGUGGAUGCGGAGAAGAGGAGGGGGUACGGGUGGGCGGAUGGGGAAUUUACCCCGCGGGGCGAUUCGUGGGGAGCGACGGGGAGUGUGUGGUGCUGGCAGGUUGGGAUGGGUGCUGCGUGCUGCUGGACUCGAGCACUCUACAGCAGCGCGCAGUGUUCCGGCCACCACCAGGGGUGCAGCUGGGAGAGGCAGCAGCGUGCCACGUGGUGGCGGUGCCGUCCCACGAUGGGCUCACAGCGCGCCUGCUGCUCGCCACCUCGCGCUCCCACGCCGCCUUCUGCUGCUGGGACCUCCUCUCCUCCCGCCUCGUCUCCUGCUUCCCCCCUCCCAAGCCCACCGCCUCGCUCUCGCCCUCACCUGCGCACUCACCUGCGCCCUCACCUGCGCUUUCACCUGCGCCCUCACCUGCGCCCUCACCUGCGCCCUCACCUGCGCCCUCACCUGCGCCCUCACCUGCGCCCUCACCUGCGCCCUCACCUGCGCCCUCACCUGCGCCCUCACCUGCGCCCUCACCUGCGCCCUCACCUGCACCACCACCACCGCCCACUGCUACAGCCACAGGCUGCCCCCCACUCUCCUCGCCCUGCACGUCCUCCCAUCCCUCGCCUGUGUGCCACAUGGCAUUCGCCUGCUGCCCCUCUUCCUUCCCCCAUCAGUCACCGCCGCACCACUCACCCUGCCGCAGCCACUCGCCACCCCAUGCCACUUCACCACCGCCCCACGCACCCCUCCCCCCUGUCCCCCCCGUCAUUCCUGCCUCCCCUGCCCCCGCCGCUUCCCCUACUGCUGCUGUGCCUAAGCCAGCAGGCACACAAGAAACGGCCACAGCAACAGCAGGGGGGGCAGUGCGCGCACCCCAAGCAAUGCUCUCGGCCAUGCCGUCACCACCCUCCCCUGCCCCGUUUCAGCAUGGCAGCGCGCUAGGCGCCUUGCCUCAUACAGCUGCAGCAGGACACGGGUGUAGCAGGCAGGCGUCAGGGCAUGGCGCACUGCCGGUGGCAGGCAGCUCGGUACACGCAGACAGUGCAGUGGGGCGGGGCAGCACGGGGUGUGCAGGUGAAGGGGGGCAUGCGGAGAGGAGGGGCGCAGCAGAGGAGAGCAGUGUUGAGUUGCACUCACGAGCGGCACACCACUGCUGCCCACCCCAACCAGCACACAUGCACCACCGCCUCGCACUGCAGCACACUGCUGCUCCACAGGGCGGCAAAGUGCCGCUCACUCCACCAGCCUCUGAGACCCCCUCCCUCACCCCGCCAACCCCCCAACCCGCCUCCCUCCCCGCCCCAUCCCCGCACCCGUCCCCGCUCCCCUCCCCACCCAACCUGCCCGCCCACCCUCUGCCGCCCGCACCGCCAUCCUGGAAGCACCUCGCGCCGCCCGAGUGGCACGCCGCCCCAUGCGGUGCAUCUCUGGCGAUGGUGCAGGCGGGCGGCAGCGACGUGCGCAUCUGGGACGUGCGGGACGGCGGCGUGGCGGUGAGCAUGCAGACGGAGGGCGCGGUGGAGCGCAUGGUGUGCUGCUCUCCCAUUCUAUGGCUGGACGAGGAGCGCCUGGUGGUGGUGGAGGAGGGCGGCAGUGUGGGGCUGUGGCACGUGGCGGGGGGGGAGGCGGUGCUGUUUCACCACGUGCAGCUCAUGGACCCGUGGGGCGAGGCCGAGCGUGUCUGUGCCGUUGCUGUCAUGCCGGGGCGGCGCUGCAACAAGCGCCUCUUCCCCUCGCUGUCAGUGCUGCUGCUUGCGCUCUCACUGCUGCAUCCAUCGCUGCACCAUUUGCUCAACAUCCCUUUUUUCUUCUUCUCAUUGUGUCCUCCCCCUGCUGCCGUGCUCUCCCAUGGCGUGCGUGCCUCGCGGUGUGGCAACAUGAGCGCAUGGCAGGAGGGGCGAGGGAGUGACGUGUGCGGUGGCAUCACAUCCGUUUGCUGCAGAACCCCGUGUUUGAGCCUUUGCUCGCUCGCCCCACGCCAUUCACCCGCCCCCCACUCAUCCCCGCCCCCCACUCAUCCCCGGCCCCCACUCAUCCCCGCCCCCCACUCAUCCCCGCCCCCCACUCAUCCCCGGCCCCCACUCAUCCCCGCCCCCCACUCAUCCCCGGCCCCCACUCAUCCCCGCCCCCCACUCAUCCCCGCCCCCCACUCAUCCCCGCCCCCCACUCAUCCCCGGCCCCCACUCAUCCCCGCCCCCCACUCAUCCCCGGCCCCCACUCAUCCCCGCCCCCCACUCAUCCCCGCCCCCCACUCAUCCCCGCCCCCCACUCAUCCCCGCCCCCCACUCAUCCCCGCCCCCCACUCAUCCCCGCCCCCCACUCAUCCCCGCCCCCCACUCAUCCCCGCCCCCCACUCAUCCCCGCCCCCCACUCAUCCCCGCCCCCACUCAUCCCCGCCCCCCACUCAUCCCCGCCCCCCACUCAUCCCCGGCCCCCACUCAUCCCCGCCCCCCACUCAUCCCCGGCCCCCACUCAUCCCCGCCCCCCACUCAUCCCCGCCCCCCACUCAUCCCCGCCCCCCACUCAUCCCCGGCCCCCACUCAUCCCCGCCCCCCCACUCAUCCCCGGCCCCCACUCAUCCCCGCCCCCCACUCAUCCCCGCCCCCCACUCAUCCCCGCCCCCCACUCAUCCCCGCCCCCCACUCAUCCCCGCCCCCACUCAUCCCCGCCCCCCACUCAUCCCCGCCCCCCACUCAUCCCCGCCCCCCACUCAUCCCCGCCCCCCACUCAUCCCCGCCCCCACUCAUCCCCGCCCGCCACUCAUCCCCGCCCCCCACUCAUCCCCGCCCCUCGCUCAUCGCCAUCUUCUCACCUUUCCACCUCCCCCACCGCUCCCUCCGCCAGACGUCAUGUGUUUCGCGGGUACAUCUCUCUUUGUGGCGCUGCCGUCGCUGCCGCAUGAAGACUUUGCCGCCGUGCAGCGCAUAGAGUGCAGCACGGGGCGUGAGCGCGAGCGGUACCACCUGGACGCGCACGUGCCGCGCGCCAGCAGAGGGCCGCUGCUCGCCGUGCGCGUGCACGCCGGGCGGCUGUUUGCGCUGCAUGCGGGCGGCGUGCACGUGUUCCGCCUGCACCGGGCGGCACAGCGGGGCGGAGGAGCGGAGGCAGGCAGGCGCGCGGGCGGGGAUGGGGGUUAUGAGGUGCGGGGGCGGGGUUGCCUGCAGCAAAGGGCAGGGCAGGGGAGGGAAGAUAGAGGCAGGUGUGGGAGUGUGAUGGCGGGAGUGGCAGCAGCGGACACGCAAGCCCCUGUGCAGAGAGCGGUUGAGUGCGGUGCGGUGGUGACAGGGAGAGAGGGCGGAGGGGCAGAGCAAGAAGCAGCUGUGGUGCUCCGUUCCCGGGCAUGGCACAGCGGUGCUGCUGAGGGGUCUGAGGGCACACCCGGCAGUGAGGGGGAGCAGGGUAGAGAGAGCGAUUAUGGAAGAGAGGAGGCGUAUGAGACAGAGGAGGGUGUGGAUGGGCGGGAGGGUGAAGGGGGGCAGGACGGUGUUGCGAGGGCCAUGGUGUGUGACGGCGGUGGCGGUGGUGGUGGAGUGGGCAGUGUGAGGAGCGAGGGGGAGACAGUGGAGGAGCGGAGGCUGGUGGGGGUGGUGGGCAGGCGGGUGAAUGGGCUGCUGCACCCAGCCAUAGACGUGGUUGGGGAUAGGCUGCUGCUCGUCUCUGCUAACCAUCCGCCAUGCCUCUAUUCUUGUCCCUGA